AUGCGCCACAUCGACGGCGGUGCGCAGCCUCCUCCCGCUGCUCACAUCGCCCACCGCGUCUCGGCCGCCCCGCAGAUCACGAUCGACAACACGAGCGACGCCAGCUGCUCCACCAUCCGCGUGGCGGGCCCCGGCCAGUCGGACUGCCUCAUCCUGCUGGUCAACGGGCUCUUCUCUGAGGGCUUCAAGGUGUUGUCCUCCAACUACAACAACAACGAUGGGAUGGUGGAGUUCACCAUGCGCGUGGUCGCAGACGGCGACAAGCAGCUGACCGACGGCCAGGUCAACGAGGUGACGGAGCUCAUCGAGCGCCUGGUGUCCUCGAGCAGCAUGAGCGUGCGGCCCGCGAUCUACGGCAUGGUGGCGGAGAGGGAGCUCGAGAGGAUGGCCAGCGCGCCGUCUGGGGCGUCCAUGAGCGACGCGCUGGACCUGGAGCGCAAGGCCACGGAGAUGGCGGUGGCGGCGGCGCGCUUCGCGGCUGCGGAGCGCAAGGUGCACUCGGCGGCCAAGAAGGACGACGCCACUAAGCUUGCGUCAGCGGAGCAGGCGCGCUCCGAGGCCGCGUCCAUCCUGGAGCGCACCAUCGCGGCCAUCGAGGCCAUGAUCACCAGCAGGCGCAUCAUCAGGCCGGCGGCCCCCACCGAGGAGCCGGUCAGCGCGGCGGACAUGCUGAAGCAGCAGAUGCUGUCGCAGACGCCGGCGUCCGCGGCGCAGCAGGUCGGCACCGGCCCCGGCGCUGGCAGCGGCUACGAGGUGCUGCUGCAGGGCUUUGGCUGGGAGAGCCACAAGAGGCAGUGA